CGCCGGAGCUGCCUCGGCACCCCACGCGGCCCUCCGGGCUGGGGGCAGCCCGAACAGCGCAUAACCAUCGACCGGCACCACCGCCGGGCCCGCGGGCAGCAGCCAAAACGCCAGCCCUAGCCGCCUAGGCCCCGCAACCAACCAUGCCCUCCGACGUAGCCACGAACACGAUGAUGCGCCUGCCCGCCUCCGAAUUAAUGACGAUGCGCGACGACUUUUUAAAGGAAGGCACAGCUGGUCUAACACUUACACAAUUCGUCCGCGUGAUGUUAAGGAGAGGCAGACAAGCCCAAGUGAACGACUGGACGCAGGAGGCGAACAAACGGCGCAUGUCGGGCCUGAGUCUAGGAGAUAGGCCCCAUUUUGAUAGUGACAACGAUGAUAUUGAUGACGAUCCCGAAUUGCGGGACGAACAUGGUCAAAUCAAGCCCUUAGUUGAUAGUUCUGGUAGACCAAAUUUGGAAGCGAUCGACGAUCUGUGCGAACUUUUUGAUAGUAUUGACGUGAACGGCGACGAACGCUUGGAGUGGGACGAGUUCACGCGCUGCGUCAUCGAGCACGGGAUGGGUGGCCAAAAGCGGGAGGCGCACGACCGCUACGAACCGAGGGACAUAAGACCGGACAAAGAACAAGUAUUUGGCGAUUACAAGCCCGGCGAGGGCGGCGACGGGCCACUAAAAUUCUUGCGAUGGCUGCCCGAGAUGCGGCUGCUUUGCGUCUGCGCGGCGGGCACGUUCGGCCUGUUCCCGCCCUUUCCUCGACAGCAAGCGCUCCGAUUGCCUCCCAAACCCGUCUAUACGGAUGCCCUGGAAGUUGUAGAUGCGGAGAACCUUGAUGAUGAUGUGUCUGACGACGACGGGGAGGACGCGGAGCUGCACACGUAUCUAAAAGACGCCGGCGUGAGCUGUCUGGACGUGGCCUUCGCGCCGGUGCGUCGCGGCGUCUUUGUUGCCUUCUGCGCGAUCACUGGUGGGGUAGAAGGCCUCCCGAGAGCAUCACGCCCGCCGCCCGGAGAGAACAACCCCCGCGACGCAGGGCGACGAGCUGGUGAUCGUCCUCUGCUCCGACCUUACAUUAAGAUUCUACCACUGCUCGGCGCGAGCGUCGCCCAACGAUGAAACGAUAAAAUGCCGGGGCGCCGUGCGACUGCGGGACCCUUCAUUUAGAUUGGCCUGGUGGGCCGGUAGCAUCCUGGAGGGCCCCCACGAAGGGUCGCGGCUGUGCUUUUUGGUCGGGCCGCGCAAGGAUAUCGAUGUUCUAUGCAUGGAACCCUUCGACGGGUUUAAUCGAGAUGUAAAAAUGCCCUCCAUCGCCAGACUACCGUCAUUGGUCGGACAUACGGACGCCGUGAUGGAUGCUUUGGUAUUGGACCAGCCGCGGGAAAUAUAUAUACCUUCCUCAAGGAAGGAGAUGAGCCGCGAAGUUGGACUAUUAGCGACGUGCUCCCUGGACAAGACCAUACGACUCUGGCACUUACCCGAAUGCAAGGAGGUCUGGUGCCUUACGGGACAUAUUUCUGGAGUGCGGUCGUUGUCCUAUGACAGACACCAAUCUUUAUUAGUGAGUUGCGGCUUCGAGUAUACGGUGCGGGGCUGGGGCGUCACGGGGGAACAGGCGUUCCCCAUGUUCACGCUGGAGGGCGGCCACAACGCCUCGGUAAGAUGUGUGAGGUGCGCACCGGGAGGGGCGGCGUUCUGUGUGAGUCUAGACGACGACGGCGUGAUGAGCUGGUGGGACACGUCGCGAGAUAGUGUCGCCUCGCCGACGGAACGCCUCACUCAUAGUGUUCAAUUGGAGACGGAGACGUGUCUGCUGGUUGAGCCCGUGGGAUGUGGGGUGGACGUCGACGCCGCGGAAGACCUGUUUAGAAGCUUCGCGUCCGAGCGCGCCGAGCAACUGUUGCGAGGCGACGAGGAGGAAGUCGAAGAAGUGUCGGAGGCCCAGAAGCUCAUUAAACAAAGGCAUAAGGGGGACGACAACAACCACACGAAGCGAGCGUUGGCCGACGCCGCGACGGCGGGCCAGGCCAUGGCCUACUCGUCGAAUGCUAUUUCCUUGGCUUGUGGCGGGAAACGGGGGAUUGUACGUUGGUUGGAUGCUGCCGAUCAUAGAGAUGCGGAGGCGCCAGCCACACAUAUCGACUAUUCCUCGCAAACGCACUCCAUUUUGACGGCUCAUGAUUCCUCGUUAAAGCUCUGGGACGCGCGGACGGGGUUAUUAGUACAUGAGGAAACACUGGAGGACUCCCUCGUGAGUGGCCUGUCCUUCGAUGCUCGAGGCCGAAGAUGCAUCGUCACGGACCGAAGCGGCACGGUCAAGAUACGACGAGCCAAAGAUGGUUGUGAAUUGAUGUAUUUAGGUAAACAUGGUGCGGAAUGCUCUGCGGUCGCGUACUGCCCGUUAGAUAGAAUAGUGGUCACAGCAGGAUGGGACCGCGCGCUCCACGUCUACGACGAACUGGAGGACGAUCCUCAAGAUAGUCUAGUUAGAUACACCACAAAUGCCCACGACGGCGACAUCCAACAAGUGUGUCUGUCGCGGGACGAGGGGCUGAUCUGUACCAGUGAUAGGAAUGGAAGAACAAAAUUAUGGGACUUUGAAACACUUUUACUGGUCGGCGAGUGCUUCGAUGGGGACGGUUCGGCACUGCCCGAGGCGUCCUCUCUGUCAUUUAUUAAACCGUAUCCUUGCUUAGUGCAUACGGACGAUGACAGUGGUGUGCGACUCAUAUCCACCAAAACAAGACGGAGCGCGUUGCGGUUCGAGAACGGCAAAGCAGCUAGAAUUGAUGGCGAGUUACGUAGAGGAGCUGCAGCAACAUGUUCCCAAUCGUUUGUGGAUCUGCACGGUGGCAAGGAAAUAGCGCCUGGUGUCAUGAGCGGACGCGUUUUAGUGUUCACGGGCGAUAGUCGGGGCGCGAUUCAGAGUUUUGACGUCCAAGAUGCGCUCAAAAGAUUAAAUAUAGAGGCCAUUGCCUCUCCGAAAUGGAAGCGCAUGGGAUAUAAUCCGCGCCGGAAGUUGAGUCGCGAUCAUGCUCUCUCCGAGGUGAAUGAUAUUCAAUUAAAGCCGUCGCGAGACUAUCCUAUUAGAAGUGGCUUGGCGUCCUAUACCUGUAACCGGUGGAACGCGCAUGAUCGUGCCGUGACUUGCGUCGUAGUAACGGCGGAUCCUCCUAGGCUUAUAUCUUGCUCGACAGAUGGCUCGAUAAAAGCUUGGGGGUUAGAUGGUGAACCCGUUGGUACGUUAACAUAUGGGAGAGAUGCGGACCAUAGAGCGUUAAGAAAUCUCGCGGCGCCCGGGCGGUUAAGCGUCGCUCAAAAGCUCAAAGCCUCUAAAAGUGCUGCGUGGAGGUUCCUGAGUGGGAAAGAUGUGCGUAGACGGAAGGAGGCUACUUUACAGAGAGCUAGAACCAUCUUACAGGAAGUAGUAGAGACGAAACGGAGAGAACGUAUGCAACAGCGAGAAGCCCAGGAGUUGGAAGAAGCUCGUCAGGCCGCAAGGGAGCGUGUGGACGAGGCGUCCAUCGCAUCUUAUGAGUCAGACGCCGCCAAGGAGCAGGAACGGACUCGAUUAAUCCACCAAUUGGAAGGCGAACAGACCUGGGUCGAGUCCGAGUUCGACCGCUUGAAGGCCCAGGCCAGCGAGGCGCACAGGGAGAAGGCCAAGGCCAAGAAGGGUAAGCGGCGGCGGAAGAAGAAGAAACCCGACGAAAGUGUAGAUAUCAGUCUGGACGAUUCAGCAAUCCCGACGGAAGAGGAGCGCCGCAAGGAGGAAGCCCUACGCAAGGAACUCAAGAAGAACGAGAUGCGGCCGGACCCCGCGGAUCCUGAUAAUUGGAACGUCGGGAGUCUCAACCGCGAGAGGGCCAUGUACCCGGCGCACCAUACUGUAUUGAAUGAAAGGGGCGCGAAAGAAGCUCUGAAGAAGACGGUCAAAGUAAAAACGGCGGCCAUGCUCACCGCCGAAGCUGAACAGGUGAAGCAUCUCGUGGAGCCUUCAUCGUUUUUCAAGGAGCAGUUCGGAAGGGCUAAUAGAUUUGGGGCGACCGGUGAGCAGUCUGUUGUCGCUUUUAAGGAGCUGCAGCGGACCGUGCGCAUGCCUCAGCCUCCCGUUGUGCGUGAUGAGCCUCCUGUCUCGGAGCCUGCGUCCUCGGAGUACACGUCCGAGACGUGCGACGAGAGCGUCCGGACGUGGGGCGACUGUACGUUCGGAAAUGUCAAUCGGUUGCCGCCCCUGACGGAGAACGCGGCGCACGCGCGGACCGUCUCUGCUACUCUAGAGAGGUGGCAGAGGCGCGUCGACGGCUACGCUAAGAUGGUGGACGAGCCGUCUGAAAAAAGUUUCGUGGCGCGCGUCCACGAGCCCCUGCGCAACAAGUUGCGGCCGCAGCGGGCCAAGAAAGUGUCAUCAAAACCCAAGCUCGACCAGAAGGGCCCUUCGCGUAAAAAGCGUACGACCGCUAGAGGUUUUUAUGGGCCCUAUCCUUUUUCAAAUAUUGACGCCUUCGUCAAGGCGUAUGAAGCCGCCUUGCCCCCCGAGGCGAAAUUUGGUUCAAUGGCGCCUCUCGACAAGGUCGAGAAGCACGAAACAAUUCAAGGCAUCGACUACCUGCGCCAGCGCGCGGUUAUUGUUGCUGAGGACCAUAAGACUGCGCUCUCCCUGAAGGGAUUUCUCAAAGGCUACUUCCCGUUGAUAAAACCGUCGGAGCUCGCGGAGUGCCUCGACGUGUGCUUGGCGCGGCGCGGCAUCGGGCCGUUCGCCAGAAAGGGCGACGCGCGGCGAAACGAACUGCGGGCCGUCUUCGCGUUGUUCGACGUCGAGGGCCGCGGCGCCAUCUCCAUGGCCGACGUGCGAAGCGCGGUCAAGCGCGGCGGCGCCGGGCUGUCCGAGGCCGACGCGGGCGACUGGCCGAAGCUCGCCGAGGCGCUCGAGGCGAAGAUCGGUUCUAUCAAUGACGGCGAGAUCGGCUUCGAGGCGUUCGCGCGGAUCGUGGAAGGGGCGCUGCGGCGAGAUGACGAGGAAACUGAUGUGUAACAAGAAUUAUAUAA